CUGCGGCAGAGACAGUAGCUCGAGUGAGGCGCGACAAUUGGAGUAUGACUGGUUGUAAGGAACGAAAUCAGCGCCUCUAGUGUCAAAAUUGUGUGAAUCAUGGCGACCGGUUUGGGAUUUGCACGUGCACAGCUGGAGAAAAGUGGAUGGACGGAGGGUUCUGGCCUUGGUCGUCAAGAAAGUGGAAUCACAGAAGCAAUCAAAGUCAAGAUCAAGACUGACAACAAGGGGGUUGGCCACAAUGCUGGUGAUGAGUUCACGUUCCGCUGGUGGGAUCACGCCUUCAAUAAGGCGGCCAGUAACAUCAAGGUGGACGACACGGAGGCAGGAAUCAGCGUCAAGAUGGCGGAGGAGUCGGGCCCGUUGAGCAGCAAGAGACCUGACACACAGAAGAUGCUGAAUAGCAAGUCACUGCUGUAUGGAAGAUUCGUCAAGUCGAGCACAGUGAUGAAAGACGGCAUCGAAGAGAAGCGGCAAACCGAGGCGGAUGAGACAUCAGAAAGUUCAGAGGAGGAGAACUUGGACAGGUCGUCUAAACGAACAGACGAAGAGAUGUUUAGACUGUGUGGGGGUAGGACAGCUCAUAAGGGUGCGAGGCACGGUCUGGGGGCCAACGGCAAACUUUCACGCGUCGAGAAAUCGGAGCAAGACCUCCUGAAACGGAUGAGAAAAACACUGCAUGAACAGCGGGAAAAGGAGGCGAAGCGGGAACGAUACGGGAACACCAGUUCGGCGGUGAUACGCGGGAAAACAAAAAAGAUGAAGAACUGCUACGAAUCAGAAUCUAGUUCGUCAGAUUCGGAAUCGGAAGACGAAGCUGUUGAUUUGAAAUCGAAUAAAUCUGGUCUAAAGUUGUCCGAUGAUGGGGGGUUGAAUAGUUCCGGGUCUUGUGAGAGUGAUGCUGGUUUAUCUGUGAUAAAAGGUCGAAAGAAGUUGAGGAAAUCUGGAGAUGGUUCGGAUGUGGUGAAUGAGAAUGGUGUUGUGGCCAAGGACAGGAAACGAAAGAAAUCUAAAAGGAAUGAAACUUUAGAAAUGGAAAAACCUGGUGUUGAUAGUGUGACUGAGGUUGUUACCAAGAAGAAGAAGAAGAAUGGAAGUAGAAAUGUUGAGGAAGUUGUGAUGGAUGAUGUGGUAGAUUGUGAGAAAAAGUCUAAGAAGGUGAAAAGGAAGGAUAAGUCUGGUUGUGAUGGGGAAUUAGAAACUGUUGAUACGGAACAGGAUUGUAAUUUGUCUGGUAAGAAAAAGUCGAGACGAAAAAGUCCGACUGAUUCUGAGGAAGUUUUGACUGUAGUAGCUCAAAAAAAGUCGAAAAAAGACAAAAAGAUUAUAGGCAAUGGAAUAGAAAAUGGUGACUUGGGUGAUGGGGAUUGUAUAAAGAAGCCUAAGAGAAAAAGGAAGGUGGAUAAUGCAGGGGAAGAUGAAGGGGUAGGUUCAGAUGUGGAAGAUGUUAAGCGUAAGAAAAAGAAAAAGAAAUCGAUUAAGGGUGAAGUUGAUGUGGAUUGUGGUGUGAAGAAAUCUAAGAAGAAAAAGUUGAAGAAAUAA